UAAGCCAUGCAGUGGUGAAAAAAAUGCUAAAUGCUAAUUAGUGUUUAGCUGUAGGUUAUGUACUUUAAGUGAAAACGAAAGCGUACGUGGAAUGAUAGAGUAGUCUGAAGUUUAUCUCGGUUUAUCGAGUAAAUCUGUAAGGCUGUCAUUUAAGUUUAUACAAGAUCCUUCAUUAGGCAGAACAUUAUUUAAACUUAUGUUUUAUAGAGAUUAAAUAAUCUUAUAUGCACCGUUUAAUGUGGAGUUUCGCUUGUGUUUUAAAGGGUCCUAGGUCUGUAGUUAUUAGUCCUUGCCUGAAAGAGGUGCGUGUUAUGGCUAGGAAGGUGAGUAAACUGCAUUAUGUGAAAGGAGAUUUGUUCUCCAGCACAAACUCCCUAGCUCACUGCAUCAGCAUGGACUGCAAGAUGGGAGCAGGCAUUGCUGUAGCCUUUAAAAAUAUAUUUGAGGGAGUUGAUGAACUUCAGGCACAGAAAAAGCAACCAGGAGAGUGUGCAGUGCUUAAGAGAGGUGACCGAUUUGUGUACUAUCUGAUUACAAAGGUAAAGUAUAACUGUAAACCUAAAUAUGAAACACUCAAACAAAGCUUGGAAGCAAUGAAAGGACACUGCUUAGAAAAUGGAGUCACCAAGCUGUCAAUACCACGGAUUGGCUGUGGUUUGGACAGGCUGAAAUGGGAGAAAGUGUCCAAGAUCAUUGAAGAUGUCUUCGAACAAACAGACAUAGACAUAACUGUAUAUUCACUAUAGACUGCAAGAGUCCCGAAAGAAGAGUUUCACAUUCAGUGCCCGGAACAUCUUUGAGUUGUACCACUUCUGUUACUGGCUUAGGAAGAACAUGGCACUACUAGCUUGUAAAUAUAUUGUUGUUUGCCGUGUUCCAGUGGCAGUUUAAAUAAAUUCAAACAACAUACAGUCGUACACUGAUGUGCUUCGAUGACUGCCCGUGACCUUAAAAUAAAAGCCUAUUAAUAGGAAAUAAUAUAUCUGUGAAUAAAAUAUCUGUGCAAUAAAAUAUAAGAAAAACCUAGCUGUACAAUAUAGAAAAUAUAGAAUUUAUAUUGAAUAAAACAAAAACAUGAUUUUUUAAAAAUAAUUAAAGACAAUAUAAUAAAAAUAAUUUGAUAUUUUAGUUAACAAAAUUGCUAUACAACAAUAAUUUGUUAGGAAGUCCUUUAUUCUUCAAGCUCUGCUGGAUCUGGCUGAGCGUAAAGUGCAAAAGAAGUUUGCAGUACCCUGGUGUUACUUUCUCAAUCUAUGCCUUGACUGCUUCCUAAAGAUCAUGUACAGAAGUCUUUUUUUUUUGACUGCUACAAUUUUUUCUUCACCAUCGUCAACUAGUUUUCUAUUAGGUUUAGACCAUGAAGCUGAAUACUAUUGUUACAUACAUAGUUUUUCACAGGAUUUUCAGUUAACUAUAACAACUCUUCAGCCAGGUAGGUUAGAACUUGUAAAAUCACCUGGUUUUUUUGCAUAAACUAAUACAUGGCAGAUAACGUCUAAAUAAUUUUGGCCAUCUCUAUGCAUAUGCAAGUGUGUUUUUAAUUUUAAUAUUACACAAACUUAUCCAGUUUUUACAAGUUUUUUCCCCUUAUUCAUUAAGGGGAUUUUUAAAUAAGGGAAAAAUAAGGGGGUUUUUUUUCUUUCUCUCCUGUUCUCUCCCUAAUUACCUCACAGGCCCUGUGGUUGAAUCACAGUGCUGUCAAUCUUAAUCCUGCAUAUCACCCGAAGGACCAAUCAGACGUGAGAGGGCGCGUAUAAAGACCCAGACGUGACGUGAAAUCGGGACAAACGAUUGCCUUCCAUUUUUUUCUUUGCUCUCCCAUGUUUGCUUGUUCUUUUUUUUGCUCUUGUUUUGGUUGUUUUGUGUCAGACUUGAAUUACCGUAUGCUCGAAUUUUCUCUUGGGAGAACUUUGCUCAUAGUUGAUCAUUUGGAUGUGUUCGUAUCGUCACUCGAUUAUCGCUUUCAGUUAGCCUUGAUUUGGGGGUUAGAUAGAGGACUUAUGUUUUAUUGUUUUCUUUUCUUUAGCACUGCUCUUGUCCCUCACUUUUGUUGUCUUUUCUUGUAUAUAAUUUGUAAAUAGAAUAUUGUUAGUUUUGAUGGAAUUUUGGGUUGAUUGUUCAUAACAUCAUCCUUAUAGAGAGCUAUGUAAAUAACAGCAAAUCUCACUAAACCUAACUUCCUGAA